AUGUCUUUUGGUUUCGGUGUCGGUGACUUUCUAGCAGCCUCAAACAUUGCUAAAGGUGUCUACGAAGCAUGCAAAGAUGGACCAGAAGAGUACCAAAGAAAUAUCGAGAGAGAUCCCCAUUCUCUCUUGAACAAAAAAGGCGUGAAGAGAAAGCCUGAGCUUGUUGGUAUCAUCAGAAACUGCAGAACGACGAUGCAAGAACUUUAA